ACAGUUCUAGAGAGUCGGUUCGAACAUGACGUCACUGAUGGGGCGGGGCAUGAAAACAAACCCAGAACCCGCUCCUGUGGCUAAUAACCUGACUAGCUAACAAAGCAGUCAUGAUGAAAGACCCGAACAAGCCGAGAGGCAGGAGCUCUGCCUAUGCGUUCUUCGUCCUGUCCUGCAGACAAGAGCUUCAAAAUAAUGGUCAGAGAACUCCUGAGAACCUAAGCACCUUCUUUAUGAGGUGCUCUGAACAGUGGAAGGCUCUGGGUGCUCCUGAGAAAAAUAGGUUUGAAGACAUGGAGAAGGCUGACCAGACUCGCUAUGAUGAGGAGAUGAAGGACUACAUUCCAGUUGAGAGGGAUGGUGGACCUGACCAAGCUGCAAGCUCCAACGAGAAUGCAGAAUUUAAAGAUGAAGACGAUGAUGAAAUGCAUGAGGAGGAUUAUGAUUAUAAGGAUGAUUAUGUCAUGGUGAAAGACCCAAACAAGCCAAAAGGCAGGAACACUGCGUAUGCAUACUUCAUCCUGUCUUGCAGAGACGAGCUCCAAAAUAAAGGGCAGAGUAUUCCAGAGAAUUUAAGCUUGUUCUUCCUGAGAUGCUCAGAACAGUGGAAGACUCUUAACCCUUCUGAAAAGAAGUUGUUUGAAGACAUGGAAAAGGCAGACCAGGUUCGCUACGAAAAGGAGAUGAAGAGCUACAUUCCCCCGAAAGGCAGUGAGAAGAAAAGGAGGAAGGACUCAAACAAACCUAGACGACCCGUGUCUGCAUUUUUUGUCUUCUGUGCUGAACACAGGAAGACAGUAAAGAGAGAGUACCCCAACCUGUCCAUCAGUGAAAUCGCCAGGAAGCUGGUAGAGAUGUGGUCCAAGCUGAGCAAAAAAGAGCGCUCACCCUUUGAGCAGAAAGCAGCUUUACUACGUGUGAAACAAGAGAAGGAUGGUGGGCCUGGUCAAGCUGGAGGCUCUACUAAAGUUGAGGUUGAUGAUGAGGAUGACGAUGAGGACGAAGAUGAUGAUGAGGAUGAAGAUGAUGAAGAUGGUGAUGAUGAUGAUGAUGACGAGGACGAUGAGUAGUGUGUGUGUGUAGCAGUGUGGAAAGGAGAUUUUUUUUGUUUGUUUGUUUUAAAACAGACUAAGAAGUCAUUUUCUUUCCUUAUGUGUAUGUUUUGUUUUAAUAGUGUGUAGAUUUUUUUAAUAUAAUAAAACUGUUGCCUUUGAA